GCAGGAAGGACCGCCCAGUGGGCAGCCUGAAGGCAGCUCGACGUCCGCAACAAUCACCAAGCGUGACUCACUGACCGGGGAGACUGCCGUUGACUCCUCUCCGAGGACGAGCAUCGCCCAGUUGGACAUGGAGUCGGCCCGGAUCGUCAACAUGGCCCUGAACCUGAGCCAGUCGAGGCGGCUCGCGUCCCGCGGGAACCUUUCCCAGCCGACCCCGCCGAGGUUAGCACCUCUGCCCGACAAUGCCCCGGGAGGGAGCCUGAGGUACCACCUGCAACAACAAAGAAAAAUGUCGCGUACCGUCUCGCCCAAGCCCGACCGGUCGCCCAGGAUAGGCGGCGGGAGAAGCUUUACCCCGUUGCAGCCCGCGUUUGAGCCCGGGGCAGCUUAUCGAUACCACUUCUCGCAGUCUACCCUGGCCAGGGCCCAAAAGGCCAAGGAAUACCUGGAGCUCAUGGCUCAGUACCGGCGCGUUCUUGAUCUAGUUGCUCCGCUGGAGCCCGAGCGAACAACUAGGCCCUGGUCUACUCCGCCCAGCACGCCCAGCGGCUCAGCCCCUGUGUCUCGAGUGCCCACCGGAGAGCCCGAGACAAGGAUCGGACGGCCGUACAACCCGCUACAGUACAUCCGGAACCGAAAGGUGCGGGCACGCGAGAGAAAGGCGAUUGAUGGUGCCGCCCAGGGUUUCAGCGACGUCCUGAAGGUUUCUGAGUGGAUAGACGAAGUGGCAAAGUGGGUGGCCACGGGGCAGGCUCGCCUGCCUGGGAACCCGGCUUUGCCGCCCUUUCCCAGCGCCCAGGCCGCAGCGUUGCAGGCAUCUCCGCCGACCAACGCGAGGACGUCGACCGUGAUGAAGCCUAGGCGGCCGCGGGUCGACUGGGUCAUCGAUCCAGCGGACAUGCUAGCAGACGUGUACUGGCUGGAGCUCGAUGACAACAAGAAGUUGGUAGAAGACCGCCAUUGGAGGCGCGUCUUUCCUCAGGCGCCUGAUGUCCCACAACCACUAUCGCGAGAUGAGAUGCCGCGCCUGGCUACCUCAGGCUCCGCGCUGGACUCGUCUGAAGCACUCGCGCCAGAUGAGAAGGCAACACCGGAUCCACCGCUUUCGAGACACGAACACGAACAUGUCUUCAGCGCGGCGCGCGACCGGGCUCAGCAGAAGCUGCGGGCGCUCAAGGGGUCGCACCAUCGGCAGACAAGCUCAGUAACCAACCGCGACAUCCUCCGCCUCCGUCGCGGCUCGCUUUCCGAGUCGUCCGAUACUGACAGCGAUCGCCGGCGACGGGCGAAGGGCGGCCCCGGUGGGAGCAGCACGGUGAGGUCUGUGUUGGAAAAGCAAAUGGAAGAGAUGAUCGCACAAGAGCAGAGAGAAGCCGCAUCGCACCCGCUCUACGACCAUGAGACGCAACGCAUACAUUUCACCCCCAUGACUCCUGAGCGGGAGGCGCGGCAACCAUCCCAAGAGCUCGAUAACCGUCUCCGAGCCGACUCGCGCGCCGAGUUGAGCGAAGCAGAGGCCCAAGGGCUCGGGUUGAAGCCGCUGCCACCUGCGCGUUCGACGCCGCCACAGCCCAGGGGAGGCACCAGUCUCGAGGUCCCAGGGAGCAGACGCUUGUCGGUCGAAGGCGAUGCCUCGCAGCUGAACUCGCCGAAUUUGCGGCCCACUAACGACGUCGGCCCGGUUCCGGCGAUUGGCAUGGAUCUAUCACCCGUGUCUAGCCGGCCAAGCUCGCCGCAUCGGAACCCGCUCUCCAAGGUCAAGAGCAUGUUUCGGGAUCGUAGCAAGGAGCGCCCUUCCGACACCCAACCUGCUGGGGAGGAUGCCGUCCUCUCGCUGGGCCCUCCGGAUGACGCCUGGAUCGGGACGCCGGCAACGGCUGGAAGCAACGUCUCCUCACCCCAGCGGAGACGGUCGAGGAGCCCUGCUGGAGAGCGGGUUAUGGGCCACCGGUCGCACAAGAGUAUCGGCAGCGCCAGGGUACGUGGGGAAGAUGGCGGUCUCAGCCUCCGCUCCCUACUUCGCGGCCCGCGCAUCGAUACUGUGUUGCGCAGCGGCGUUUCCAAGGUCAGCGACAUGCUCUGGCGAAGGGAUGCUGGCGACGACCAGUCCUCGACCACGUCGACUGAUGACUCCGACUCCGAGUCGAGAGGGAGAUCGCGAGGUCCCCGACAUGGGCGUCAUCUCUCCGCAGAGGAUGCGACCGCGCUGCGUGAGGCGGGAUCCCAACUCACCCCCGACUACGCCAAGUCUGGUCACCUUCAGCACCCGCCAGCAAAGCCCAUCAGUCGGCGGUCCUCGAGGUUCGACCUGCUCAAGCCUCCGAGAAUCGAUGUCCAAAGCGCCUCGCCCAGCCAGUCACCCCCUCCUCCUCUCGUCGUGGUACAACCGCACGAGCCCGUCGGAUCGGACGCGGAGUCGCAAGCUGGCCGGGAUGACGUUCGCGCGGCCGCCGCCCGCCUGGACGCGGCGCUUACUCUUCCCCACGCGCCGCGAGGUUCGACCUCCUCCUCCAGCCGGCACUGGUCCAUGUCCGACCGCGACGCUUCAACUGGCCCCGCGGUCUCCAAGCGUGAAAUCGCCCGUUUGCACGCCCUGCUCCUCAGCGCGGGCAUCCACGCGGCAGAGAUGGACCGCCGUGCCAAACAGCGCAAGCUGCUUCCCUCGCCACUGCCCGCUACCGCCAAAAUCACCACCACCACCACCACCACCCAUGACCCCCCGCCCCCAACCUGGCAAGAUAUCGCCCGCCUCGCGCCCGACGCCGCAACCCGCCACCACCUGCUCACCACCCCGCUCUCGCAGACAGACAUGUACCCGCUCGCCGCCCGCGCACUGGCCUCAUCAGUCUCGUCCUCAGCGGCGCACCUGGACGCGCAGGCCGCGCGCUUCGCGGCCGACGCCGCGCCCGCGCUGCUGCGCCGCGCCGAGGCCCUGCGCGCCAAGGUCGCCGGCGAGCUGACGUCGCUCGCGCAGAACGCGGCCGACGCCGCCGACGACGCCGGCCACGACCUCACCGUCGCCCAGCGCCUCAAGGUCAAGCGCGUCGCCGACGCCAUGGACAAGAUGCUCCGCCGCCGCCGGCGGCGGUUCCGCUGGGUCCGCAGGGCCGGAUGGCUCCUCGUCGAGUGGCUGCUUGUUGGCGCCAUUGUUAGCCUAGAGUUGGAUUGCUAG